AGGGGAGGCAGACGCUGAAAUAUGGCUGACCAAGAGAGUAGAAACUUACUAGGAUUGUUGAAUGGGGUCGCUAAGUACACCUAUUAUGGAGAUAAUGAAGUUACUAACGAAUUUCUCAAGGAGGAGCUAUACCCAAAUAUAUCGGAAGAUGAAUUCCAAAAACUUCUUAUGAAGCACACGGGUUUACUGAAGAGUAUAAUAUCAGCUGACAUGGAUUACAAUCAGUUGGCAGCUUUCUUGAGUUCACACACAAAGAAAAGAGAAGGUGGUAUCACUGAAGAACAAGCUGCUGUAUAUUCAAAGUUCUGGAAGAAUCACAAAGUGAAGAUUCAUGACAGCGUCAUCAGCCAAUCAACUUGGAAUAGUACACUUAAAUCUGUCAGCUGGCGAAUAGAUUUGAAGACGCAAGCAAGGCAUAUUGAUCAGCUUCAUACUCCAUCAGCAAUAGUAGAACUUCAAUUAACAAAUGGUAAUGGAUGUGAUAAAAAGGAAGCAGAUGUUGUAAGGUUUGAAAUGGAUGAAGAGAAGUUGACAAAUAUGAUAAGUAGUUUAGAGGAGAUUGAAAAACAGAUCAGUUCACAUUGCCAAUAGUUGGUCAUCUUGAUACUCUGGUAUUGGCAUGGCAACAAACACAUCAGGCAGACCAGAACAUUAUCCUGAAUCUUGAUGAACUUCACAAUUCAUGAGUAAAAACUCUUGAUGUGGCUCUAAAAGUCAUGUCAAUGGAGUUAAUGUCACAGCAAAUUAAACAUGCCAUAAAUUGUUAUGUAUAGAAUAAAGCUGGAAUUCUGAGCCCGACCCAAGAUGUUGAAGCCACAGCCUGAGAGAUUUUAUUCUGGAAAGCACUUUGUAUUCCUGAAGUGUCCAAGGAUAAGAUGUAUUUUUGUCACCUCAAACAUUUGAUGGCAUUCAGUGAUCUUGUCAAUACUCACCUGAAUUAUAUUCUGGAGAAAUAGCACUUACCGAGUAUGCCCCAAUUUUCAAAUGGGACAUGAUAUAAAACUCCAAGACCUUUUAUGGCAUUAUUAUGUAUUAUACAUGUAUACAAAUCUUUUAUAUUUCAGAAUUGUUAUCAUGUUUACAUUGUAGCAAUUUGUAGCUAUUGCAUGAUGAUCAACUCAUGAAUAUGUAUUAGCCUGAAGCUAAUCACCCAAUAUUAA